GAAAAACGACCACCGAAGCCACAUUCCCUGAGGGGGAGGAGGCGGUCUGAGAACCGCGGCAUCUCUUUCUUUCUCUCCCUCUCUUUCUCACUCUCAAAUUCCUCGUUCCCUCGCUUUCCACUGCAAUGGAUGCCGAGGUGAUGGUUCCUCCGCUACCAAGCAUUUCUGCGACACCAACUAUGGAUUUCUACGGUCUGAACAUUCCUCCCAAAUGGGUUUCUCAGGAGACCAUACAGUGCAUCGCCAGAGAAGCGGCGGGGAGGAUUCUCGUUGCCGAGCGCAAGGCGGUUCGAUGUCAACAGGACUUGGCUGCUACGAAGGAGGAGGCAGUGAAGAUGCUCGUUCGGAUGAAGCAGAUGAUGGAUUCCAAGAUAGCUGAAGCGGAAAAGGAGUCAUUAGUUCAGAGCAGACAGAUUAAAGAGCUUGAGUAUCAACUCAUGGAAGCUGAAGACAUAAUCCUAAGCCUUAGAACUGAAUUAUCAGAACUUUUAGGAAAGUUUGACAGGAGGAAAGGUGGAUUGGCGACAUCAGAUGAGCAUAUUCCAAAAGAAAGUGCUCCUGUCCUUGAAGAUGCAUAUAAUCAGAAGAAGUUUAGUUCUGCUUCUCCUCACCCUGAACCGCUUAAAUGCACUGAUGAGGGUACGGACGCUAAUGCUAGAAUUACAAGUGGUCUCCAACAUGGAAACAACUCAAGAUUAUGCAGUGCAGAAAAUAGGGCAUCCAUGAAAAAUUUCGAUGUACAGAAUCCAGACUUAGCCUCAAUAAUUAUGAGGCACAAAGAAACAGAAUCAUGUAGGAAUGGGUGCACUCAACGAAUUCGUGCAUUUGAGAAUAGCUUGCUUUCUGAACAUUGGCCUAAUCCUGGAGGACAUACUCAUCGGUCCUCCUUUCUGAAGAAUGUUUGUAAUGUUGCCAAUGCCAUCGAACAGCCUUCUGCUAUUCCAUCUGCUAUGGCUAAACAGGAGAACAAAAUGACAAAGAGUGGCGGUUUAACAUGGCCAAAACAAAUGAUUGAUGUUGGUGGAAGGACCGACGCUAGAUAUUCAGACAUGGUUUUCUCUACAUCCUUCUCAAGGAGUAAAAAAAAUGCCUGUCAGCAGAGCAAGUUUGAUAACAGGAAUCUGCCAGAUCAGCUCUUGGUUUCUGGUCCUGACACAACUAAACCUUUUCCUCAAACUAUGGCAAGUGUGACAUCUAAUACAUCCAGGCCAGGUGAGAAUAAUUUGAGAGAGGCUGUAGAAAAGUCUGAUAAUGAUGACUCCAAACAUGAUUUGCAGCCAACGUAUGCUGAAAGUGGUAAAGAAUCUCCUAGAGAAUGUGAAGAGAACAUGGUUCUAUCAUGCAAUACUAAGUGCAGUGCAGGUAGUACCAAUGCGGAUGAGUUUAUCCAGUCUGACAUUCUGAAUGUAUCUGCUAGGAAUUCUGAUUCUGAGUGUCCUGUCAAGGAGGUUAACAUCCAUGGCCAUGCUUCUGGAUGUCCUCCUGUUGGUUCUCAUGGUUCUGGACCUGGUGAUGGUGCCUCAAUCUUGGGUUCAGACAUGGAUAACGUAAAAGAGAAUGUUAAAUGUGAAGAUGAUAGUGAAGCAUGCACAUUGCCUUCAACUAAAGUUAUUCGUAGUGGUGGUCAGGGACAAGAAAGUGUUAAUGAUAUGAACCCCAUCAAACACGAUUCUGGUGUUUCAAAUGGUCUGGGAGCUAAUCCUGUGGAACAAAGUAUCACAGGAUCUGAGUUAUUGUUGCAAAAUUCUGAUAUGGAAGAGACACAUUGUAAAUCUGUUGCGACUCCUCUUCGAACUGUAAAUGAUAAGUUUCUGAAAUACACAUUUCAUAGGAAACGUAAAAGGGAAGUCAUUUCCAACAAGACCGAGGAGGUUGUAGUGGAGAAGAAGCCAUGCUCAAAGAAGAGGUCAGCUAGAAGACGCCGCAUCUUGCAUAAACUGCCUGACUUUGGUCAAGUAAUGGAGUCAUCUAGGGACAGCAGGCGAUUAAUGCAGGUCGCUCGUCAGCUCAUUUCUCUGUCUGAAAUGCAUCGGUGAUGAUGACAUUUCUUUCCGUCAUCUGAAGAUGGUGCUUCGUCCUUGCAGCUCAUUUCUCUGUCUGAGAUGCGUUGGUGAUGAUGACGUUUCUUUCCCUCAUCUGAGGAUGUGGCGGAGCAUGUACGGGGCACAUAUAUUUCAGACAUCAUGGGAUCUGGUUGAUCAUUCCCUUGAUCUCUGGUCAAAAAUCUGGUCAAAAAUCUGUUCUAGUGAAGGCUUUCCGAAGAAUUUUUGGAGAUGAUCUAAUCUGGACAAUCAUAUUUAAUCGAGUACGAGUUUGAAUAAGUUACACACACUUGUAUGGUCGACCAAGUAGAUUCUCUCAUCGUAUUUCACUUGAGUUAUCCUUUAUGUCUUGAGGAUUCAAUCUGUAAUAUGUACAUUGAGUGUAUCACUGAACGAUUUGGAAGAGCAAAUUUUCAUUCUAUACGAUGAAUAAUUCAAUUUGUUUUCUGCUUA